CUGCAGCCCGGCCGGGGCGGCAUGUCGGCGGCGGCAGCGGGGCCCGUGGCGCAGGGCCUCAAGGAGGCGCUGGUGGAGACGCUGACUGGCAUCCUGUGCCCCGUGCAGGCCGUGCGCGCCGCGGCCGAGGAGCAGGUGAAGGUGCUGGAGGUGACCGAGGAAUUUGGUGUUCAUUUAGCAGAACUGACGGUAGAUCCCCAGGGAGCUCUGGCUAUUCGUCAGCUAGCAUCUGUCAUUUUAAAACAAUAUGUGGAAACUCACUGGUGUUCCCACUCAGACAAGUUUAGGCCUCCAGAAACUACAGAAAGGGCAAAAGUUGCCAUUAGGGAGCUGCUACCCAAUGGGCUGAGAGAAUCGAUCAGCAAAGUACGUUCAAGUGUUGCCUAUGCAGUUUCAGCUAUAGCCCAUUGGGACUGGCCUGAAGCCUGGCCAGAGCUGUUCAAUCUGUUGAUGGAAAUGCUGGUUAGUGGGGAUGUGAAUGCAGUCCAUGGAGCUAUGAGAGUGCUUACAGAGUUUACCCGGGAAGUGACAGACACACAGAUGCCACUCGUCGCUCCUGUUAUUCUUCCUGAAAUGUAUAAAAUUUUCACAAUGGCAGAGGUUUAUGGUAUUCGCACAAGGUCACGUGCAGUGGAGAUCUUCACCACAUGUGCCCAUAUGAUCUGUAACAUGGAAGAGCUAGAGAAAGGUGCAGCCAAAGUGUUGAUUUUUCCUGUGGUUCAGCAGUUCACAGAGGCCUUUGUUCAGGCUCUGCAGAUGCCUGAUGGGCCUACAUCAGACAGUGGAUUCAAGAUGGAGGUCUUAAAGGCUGUGACAGCACUAGUGAAGAACUAUCCUAAGCACAUGGUUUCCUCUAUGCAGCAGGUCCUUCCUAUUGUUUGGAAUACCCUUACGGAAAGUGCAGCCUUCUAUGUGAGAACAGAAGUAAAUUACACAGAAGAAGUAGAGGACCCUGUAGAUUCUGAUGGUGAAGUAUUGGGCUUUGAAAACCUUGUGUUCAGCAUAUUUGAAUUUGUUCAUGCCUUGUUGGAAAACCACAAAUUUAAAAGCACAGUGAAAAAAGCUCUGCCUGAGCUGAUCUACUACAUCAUUCUCUACAUGCAAAUUACAGAGGAGCAGAUAAAAGUCUGGACUGCAAAUCCACAGCAGUUUGUGGAGGAUGAAGAUGACGACACAUUUUCCUAUACAGUAAGGAUUGCUGCACAAGACUUGUUGCUGGCUGUGGCUGCUGACUUCCAGAAUGAGAGUGCAACUGCUUUGGCUGCAGCUGCUACAAGACAUUUACAAGAAGCUGAACAGGCUAAAAACAGUGGUGCUGAGCAUUGGUGGAAGAUACAUGAAGCCUGUAUGCUCGCUCUAGGCUCUGUGAAAUCUAUCAUUACAGAUAGUGUGAAGAAUGGUAGAGUUCAUUUUGAUAUGCAUGGUUUCCUCACAAAUGUUGUUCUUGCUGACCUCAACUUGUCAGUCUCUCCUUUCCUGCUGGGCCGAGCUCUUUGGGCUGCCAGUCGUUUCACGGUUGCUAUGUCUCCAGAACUAAUCCAGCAGUUCCUACAGGCUACAGUCAGUGGUCUCCAUGAGACCCAGCCCCCUUCUGUCCGGAUUUCUGCAGUCAGGGCUAUCUGGGGUUACUGUGACCAGCUGAAGAGCUCUGAAAGCACACAUGUAUUGCAGCCUUUCCUUCCCAGUAUCCUUGAUGGACUGAUCCACUUGGCAACUCAGUUCAGUUCAGAAGUCUUAAAUCUUGUGAUGGAAACACUCUGCAUUGUCUGUACAGUAGACCCAGCUUUUACAGCAAGUGUGGAGAACAAGAUCUGUCCCUUCACUAUUGCAAUCUUCCUUAAGUAUAGUAAUGAUCCAGUUGUGGCCUCUCUUGCCCAAGAUAUCUUCAAAGAGCUAGCGCAGAUAGAAGCCUGCCAAGGUCCGAUGCAGAUGAGAUUAAUCCCAACUCUUGUCAGCAUCAUGCAGGCUCCUGCUGAUAAGAUUCCAGCAGGACUUUGUGCAACUUCUAUUGAUAUAUUAACCACAGUUGUGAGGAAUACAAAAUCACCUCUGUCCCAGCUCUUGAUUUGCCAAGCAUUCCCUGCAGUGGCUCAGUGCAGCCUGAACACAGACGACAAUGCUACCAUGCAGAAUGGUGGUGAGUGUCUACGUGCAUAUGUCUCAGUAGCAUUAGAACAGAUUGCACAAUGGCAUGAUGAGCAAGGCCACAAUGGGCUGUGGUAUGUAAUGCAGGUAGUGAGCCAACUUCUGGAUCCGCGGACCUCUGAGUUCACAGCUGCUUUCGUGGGCAGACUGGUCUCCACACUGAUUUCCAAAGCAGGAAGUGAGCUGGGAGAGAACCUGGACCAGAUAUUGAGAGCGAUCCUUAGCAAAAUGCAACAAGCAGAGACACUCAGUGUAAUGCAGUCUUUGAUCAUGGUAUUUGCUCACCUGGUUCACUCUCAGCUGGAGCCACUUCUAGAGUUCCUGUGUAGUCUCCCUGGGCCAACUGGCAAGCCUGCCUUAGAAUUUGUAAUGGCUGAAUGGAUGAGUCGCCAGCACUUGUUUUAUGGACAAUACGAAGGCAAGGUCAGCUCUGUUGCAUUGUGUAAACUCCUCCAAUAUGGCAUCAACACAGAUGAUAAGCGACUUCAGGAUAUUAGGGUAAAGGGGGAAGAAAUAUUCAAUAUGGAUGAGGGAAUACGCACACGGUCCAAAUCGGCCAAAAAUCCUGAACGCUGGACAAACAUUCCUUUGUUGGUAAAAAUCUUAAAACUAAUAAUAAAUGAGCUUUCUAAUGCAAUGGAAGCAAAUGCAUCUCGACAGACAGCAGCAGACUGGAGUCAAGAUGACUCCAAUGAUAUGUGGGAAGAUCAAGAUGAAGAAGAGGAUGAAGAUGAAGGUUUAGCAGGACAGCUUUUAUCGGAUAUUCUUUCCACAAAUAAAUAUGAUGAGGAUUACUAUGAAGAUGAUGAAGAGGAUGAUCCAGAUGCAUUAAAGGACCCUCUUUACCAAAUAGAUCUACAGGCCUAUCUCACUGACUUCCUGUGUCAGUUUGCACAGCAACCGUGCUAUGCGGUGUUCUCAGACCACCUCAAUGAGAAUGAGAAAAGAGUACUACAGGCCAUUGGGAUAUAAAAAUAAUCGAGAGAUCACAUGGAUCAUACCCGGAUAUUUUUUUUUUUCUGGCUUAUUCCAUAUAUUUUUUGAUAAAACACACAGCAUUUUCCAGUGUUUACCUACUGUUACAAAUGUGAUCAUCCUCAUUGCAAAGGUAUUGAGCUUCAUUAAUUACCACAAAUCUGUUUAAUGGAAGGAUUAUUAAGAAGGUAACAAAGACUGACGUCCGUAGAGCUUUGCACACUGUUUUCACCAUGGGAACACUUUCCUUUUGCAUAACACCUUUCCAGGAAGUCUUUAAUGUGUCCUUAAAUUCACUUAAAAAAAAAACACAAAAACUUUGCCUCAGAAGACAUACUUAACUGAAUUUCACAUAACACUGUUGGACAGAGGAAGCAAUUGUGUUACUGGUAGGUUGCUUGGACAUGUCUUGAGAAAUUGGAAGGUUUGUCCAUCUUAGCAUUUGCAUAACACUUACAGGGUAAAUAUCUUACAUUGUGACUUCUUUUUAUAGAACUAUAGACACUUUUAUUAAAGAAAUGCCUGAAUGGUAUGAGUACUGUUUACAGGAAUUUAAAUGGGAAGCUGAAACAAUAAAAAUGAAAUGAACAUCUUGGUUUCCAAUUGUAGUUGGGUGGGCUUUUAGUGAAUUCCAUCUAAGUUUCUUUUCCCUGGUUCUUUAUUAAAACUUUCAUAUCCACAUGCUGAAAGGAAACUACCUUUUAAAUCUCAGUUCCUCACGGCAUGUGGCCAUUGAAGAUUUAGGUUCGAAACAAAAACAACCAGAAUUUUUUUAGGGGGGAAAAAAAUGAUUGUAUUUAACUGUUUACUCCAUGACAGCCGUUCUGUGAACUUUUUUCCUUCACACCCUUAAGACUUGCAAGAAAUAGUUGAGCUGUAGUCCACAAAAUAGUAUAUGUAUUUUUAUAAGGUGGUAAAAUAACAUUUGCAAAUUGAUUCACCCACAAGUAUAGUGUGAUGUAUCUUAACACCUCUCUGCCUUUUUUUUUUUUGUUCCCUUUUUGGGAAAAUAAAACUAUUUAAAAUAUAAAUUGGUAUCCUUCUUUAAAAACAGAUUCCUAGAAGGAAAUCUCAUUACAUUUGAUCAUGUUUUUAAACAUAUUUAUCCAUUAAAAUUUCUCCUGUAACUGCCACCUAAUAUUAUCUUAAGUUGUGUGGUCAGGAGAGAGAGAUUCUGUAACUGACUUAGCAUUUUUCUCUCUCUUUUUUGGCAGAAUGAGAACCACUAAUUUGCUUCCUUUUUUUGAAGGAACGAUGAAGUAUUCCUCUUCAUGGAGUAAUGUACAUUAAGAUGCAUCAGGAAAAAUUUUGUACUAAUGCCCAUGUUUGCUUUUUUUGAAUUGUUAAUAGCUUAGGUAUAAAAGAACCUAAUAUCAGGCUGGAUUUCACUGCACAGCUCUGUGUUGGCCUGAGUUCUGCUGGUGUAAUUUAGGAUGCAAUUUAGUUGGGAUAACAAAUUGACUGACUGUUUAGAUAAUCCAGGGAAAGAUUGCACAGUCAUUUUUUUAAAAUUAAAUGGCUCCUCAUGUCUGUGUGUCUGGGAUCUGGGGGGGGGGGGGGAAGAAAAUCAAAUGCAUGGCACUUACAGAUAUGAUCCCUAACAUUCCUGAAGCGGUGACUGGACAUGGACAAAAACAUUGUGACUGGCAGUCUGUUUCAAGUGGAAUCUGAAGGGGUCAGAUGCUGAGAGAUAUAACAAGGUGUUCACUGCAAACUGCAGCUGGCUGGUGUGCCCAGUUUGUUUCUCAGGUGAUUUAACAAAAAGUACGGGACUGCAUUUCCAAGGUAACUACACUGCAAAAUGUACUUGAUAUCCCCAGAUCAGAUAUUCUUUGUAGAGAGUAAAAAUAAGGCUGUAGAAUGUCUUGGGUGGCUGAAGUUCUGCUGUUGAAUAUUGGAGAGAACCUUUUGCUGUAUAGAGCUUAGUUAUAGAACAUGUGUUGAAAGUCUGGAAGAGCAAAGGCGAGAGCUAAACCGCAAGGUGAAUUGUAUGAAUGAAUGAAAAUAUUCUCAUCGAGCCUGAAUUGUUUCCUCUGUGCGUUAAAGGCAGAGUGCUACAAUAAGAUCCUCAAGCCUUCUAGGAAAGUGAAGGACAGGAAUAUGAAGAGAAUGAACUGGACAGUCAUGCAUGUAAUGCACUCCAAAUUCUGCCUUUUAUGUGCAACACUUGAUUUAGCAUGUCAGCAGUGAAAGCGCCUGAAAAUACAUCUGAGUGAUGUCCCUCUUGACUGAUUCUCCAAAGGCUUCCAAGGAACAGCCCACAUGAAAAUGGUCUUGCACUCAUUUGCCAGCUUCUGCUCUGUGCUUGCGAUUCCCAGGCUUGUCUGUUCUGCUACAGGAGGGCUGAUCAGUUUUACAUGUCUUGUACUCACAGCUGAAGUAGAAAAUGAACACCUAUGGUCUCCUCAGUUUCUAGGCUGUUGGGGCAGUGCCGUGAGGUGCUGGCUUUGCUCUCCAGCUCACAGCAGAGUUUUUUGCAUCAUACCUGGUCAUACUUUCUGCCCUGUUUGAGAUGCAGAAGCCGGCAGAGGUGCUCAGUAUGCCGGUUCAAGACUCAGUGACUCAAUGCCGCUGGAAAGGCACCUUCUGAAGCAGUGCUACGUAUUCUCAGACUUGCAGGAGGAAGAAAUAAGGGAUGCCAUGGAGGACAGUUUUCUCAGGACCACUUGCAGACUGUUUACUGCUGCCUCUAAGCUAAAGACAGAAGCAGUGACUGGUGGGAGUGGAGGGUCCUAAGGACUUUGGAAAACAAGCAACAGUGGCAGAACUUCAGGCUGAGUAGAGUGACCUUGCUUAAGACCUGUGCUGAGCUGGCCCUGGUGCUACAGAAACAAGGUGACCAAUGUGAGGGUGUUUUGUGUACAUGGAAGAGCAAGUGACAGUUGUGCACUUUGGAAGCUGCCAAUCCACAAUAGCCUCCAAUCUGUAAACUAACCACUCCUGCAGGAGCAAGUUCACAGUUGGAUUGGAUCCAGGUGGUGUGCUGUGCUAUCUAGCAUGUGCCAGCACCUCACUCCCUCUGCCUAACUUGCAAGAGGUCAUAGCUGGAUUUGCCUAUAGGGGAUUUCUGAACUGUGUUGGGACUAUCAGUGGCACGCCUAUUGCUGUCUUGUGAACAGUGGCUUGGAGUAUUUCAGCCUCAAGGGCUACUUCUCCAUAGUGGCCCACCAGGACAGUUGGCACAUGUUACCACCAAGUGGUCAGGCAAAGUGCACAAUGCUAGGGUUUUCAGGAACUCCAGCCUCAUGCCCUGGAUCUUGUAGGGAAUGUUUGCCCAGUAUGGUGACCAUCUCCCUAAAGUGCAGCUUACUUUGUUCCUGCCAUAGCUCAUGAAAUCCUAAACUGGAUUCUUGGAUGUCAGGAAGGAGCUCUUGCACCACUGGCUGAGGAACAACCUCAUACCUGUGGGUGCUUCAAGUGAGAGUAGGGUACCGCACGUGUGCCUGCAUGCUCGCGAUCAGUGCCUGCCCCAGAUAGUCAUUUAGCCUGUGUACUGCACAAAAUCUGUGAGGACAGGACCAGGGCUUUCUCAGAGCCCUGCACAGUGGAGGGAAGCCCAGAAGCUUGCCAGGUAGUACAAGACUGAAGAGACUGAGCCUCUUGAUCACCACAUCCAUCAAAAUGAUCUUACAAGAGAGAUCCUGGCAAAUUCCUUCCAGCACUACUAAGGUGGGGGAUGGAAGGAGGGCACCACUGUGUAAAGUUCAACUCAUUUACAACUGAAGAGAAUUUCUUUAUUAAAGAGUGCAAACAUU